AACCUCGGGCGAGCUACGAGGCGAGGCAGUCAGUCGCUCUCAGCUACGACAUGCAUAACGCAUGAGAGAGCCCGAGCGAGAUCUUUCUACGACCCGUUCUCUCCUUACCACGCACUCUUUCUCUCUCUCUCUCUCUCACUCACUCACUCUCUCUCUCUCUUUCAUUACUACUCGUUGUUACUACUACGACACAUUCUCACACAUACGACACUCCUCGAUCAACAACAACAACGUAAACGUUCCUUGGCGUUGGCUAUAUCACACGCAUCCACUCUUUCUCCCAUAACUCCCACAUACGAUUUCAAAGACGACGAGGGUGACGACGAGGGUGACAACGAUAGUUGCGAUUACGACGACGACGACGACGACGACGACGAGGACGGUAACGACAACGACGACGACGAGGACGACUACGACACAGUUCGAAACGCGCGAGAGUGCGACCGGCAGCAAGAGCGAGGAGAGAGUCGCGUUUCGUCUCUACCAUUCCGCAAGUCUUCGAGAGUGUGUCAACGUUGUCUGCGUUUUACUCCUCGUUCAGCAUCGUCAGUGAUUAUAAUAAAUACCUUUUUUUUCUGUUACUUUGAUUUCGUUUUACGCGAGUUCGAAUACGAAGCAUGAGUGAUAUCGGCUGAUAUCGGGAUUACUAUCGCGAGUGCUGUCACCUUUGAAGAAGGUAACUUGUGUGCUCUGUAAUAACGUGUGAUAGAAUAGAAAAGAAAUUAGCUGGAGAUACUGUUUUCGACGGGCGUAGUAACGAGUACGCUUGGAAGAAUGCCGCUCGAUCGGGAUUUCUUACGUUUUCGCGAACGGUGGACCGGUGCAAGCGGUCGUUAAUAGUCUCUGAUAUUAAAAAGGAUUACGUUUUGGUUUUAUAUUCUGAAGAAAUUUUAAUCGUUUUUAUUGUUGGAGGAGAGGAGGGUGUGUGAGAGAGAGAGAGAGUGAGAAAAAAGUCUAGGUCUAGAGAGGUGUGCUCGCAAAAUUAGCCGGUACGUCAAGAUAAAACCGGCAGCGAGCAGCUAAAAAAGACCUCUCGACGAGGGGAAGUAGAUGGCCGCUACCACGUACAUGCCGGUUAGUAGUGCAGUGUCGGCCGAGCUGGAUGGUGGUUCGGGUACAACAAUCGGGAUGAACAUCGCCGUGGGUGGCUAUUCCUCGGGCUCGCCCCGCAGCGCCGCCGACGCCGGCGAAAUGAAAUAUAUGCCGGCGCCGCAGCAUCAUCAUCAUCAUCACCAUCAUCAUCAGGUGACGUCGUCGCCGUCGCCAAAUGGACUUUCGCAUCCGGCGGCGAGCCUCUCCUCGGCUAAUCCAUGGGUCAGUUUGCAACCUGGUAGCGAUCCCUGGGCAGCUUCUAUGGGGAUGCAUCAUACGAGUCAUCAUCCUCAUCAUCAUCCCCAUCAGGCUAAUACGAGUUUAGAUGUGAAACCUUUAACGGCCGCUGCCGCGGCGGCAAACGCCGAUCAAGGCAUGCACCAUCGCGGACCUCAUCAAUCCCCUGGUAUGGCGUCGCCGCAUUCCUGGCACGCGCCAGUUGUACCCUCAGCACAUUACAAUCCAAGUGGUGGUGCGGCUUCGCCGACGACCCUGCAACAAUACCAUGCGGCGAUGAACGGCAUGCUACAUCAACAUCCUCACCAGCAUCCCCAUCAGUUGCACAAUCACCAGGCCGGCCUUCCUCAUCAUCUCAGGGACGCCCACAAUCACAGUCCACCGACAGGUCAUCCACUUCAUCCGGGACAUCCUCUUGAUAGGGAUCACAGUGCUGGCGAGGAAGAUACGCCGACUUCCGAUGAUCUCGAGGCAUUUGCGAAACAAUUCAAACAGAGACGCAUUAAGCUCGGCUUUACCCAAGCGGACGUUGGUCUUGCACUCGGUACCCUUUACGGAAAUGUAUUCUCGCAAACGACGAUAUGCAGGUUUGAGGCGUUGCAGCUAAGCUUCAAAAACAUGUGUAAACUAAAACCUCUCUUACAAAAAUGGCUCGAAGAAGCGGACUCGACGACGGGCUCGCCAACGAGCAUCGAUAAGAUUGCGGCACAAGGUAGAAAACGAAAGAAGAGAACGUCGAUCGAGGUUUCGGUGAAGGGUGCUCUCGAGCAACAUUUUCACAAGCAACCAAAACCCUCUGCUCAAGAGAUUACAACGUUGGCCGAUAGUCUGCAACUAGAAAAGGAAGUAGUAAGGGUGUGGUUCUGUAACCGACGGCAAAAGGAAAAGAGGAUGACACCACCGAACACGCUUGGCGACGGCAUCAUGGAAGGCAUGCCGCCGGGUCAUCAGGGACAGGGUGGCAUCCACCAGGGCUAUCAUCCGCAGGAUCACCUCCAUGGCUCGCCCAUGGGUCAUAGCCACAGUCCCCCGAUGCUAAGUCCUCAAGGUCUCACGGCUCACUCGUUGGCGGCUCACUAGCGUUCGCCGGGGCCUCCCCCGUUGGGCCUCGCAUUAACCUCUCAAAACGCGCCGAAUUCCUCCGUGUCCUCGUCUGCGCCACCGCCUCCGCCGCCACCAACGGCGGAUAGUCUACCGCACUUUUACCAACACUAUCUGCAAACUCGUACCGGUUAUGCCGGUAACUCGUAGCUCUAGGCGGUCUAUGCGAACAUACACGAAAUCAAGGAGGAUGGAAACAUAAAAAACGGGAUACACCAAUCGUGGAUGGACUUCAUUUGAUUAGAAGGUUCAACGGGGCCUAACGAGGCUGAACUCUUGGCCCAUACACACCGGGGAGGCUGACGAGCUCGAUGCUCGAUGUUCGAUGCUGCUCUGUUACUAUUGUUCUCGCUCUUAAUACCGUUCCUUUACUUUCAUUCUCUCUUUUUCUCUCUCUCUCUCUCUUUUCCUCCCUUCCUCUUCGUCUCUCGUACGACAAGAGGACUCAAAAGAUGAUAUAAGAGAAUAAGAGAGAUGAAUAUAAAGGACGAUCAACGUCGUACACCGUCGCUGAAAAUAAGCCGAGAAAAGUAAUACGAUCUAUUAGAAACAUGGACUUGGAAACGUCGCUCGUUCGUCCCUAUUGCUCGACGAGUGUCGUUUGUGUUAAACUCUUUCUCUUUCUCUGUUUUCUCUCUCUUUCUCUCUAAAUACUUAUUACAGUGCGCGUUCCGAGGAAAGACUAUUGGUGAAGAAGAGAAUUGGACCGAAAGAUUUAGUGAAUAUGAGAAAGAGAGGGAAUGCAUGUUAAAUGAGCGAAUGAGCAAAAGAAAAAAACAAAAAAAAAAGAAAUAAAUCAAAUCAAAAAGAAAAAGAGAAAGAGAAAAUGAGGGACAAAACGCAACGAACAUACAUACGUAGGAUAGUGCUGUGUUCGUUUGGGAUUUAGCGCGAAAUGCUGCGAGUCCCGGCGAAUGAUGUAACAUAAGUAAAUAUGGACUGUAAAUAAUGUACUAGAUAAAAAGAGCUAGUAAGUUAAGUGAAAACAUUUGCCGUUGGCGUCGUCGUCAUCGUUGACACCGUUGCCGGCGUCUCUCAUCGUCAUUGUCAUCAAUGCUGCCGUCGCAGCUGCCAUCGCCACCGACACUGUCAUCGCCUUCUUACAAAAAAAAGAAAAGAAAAAAAAAGAAAAAAGAGUAUGGCAUGGACUAACGACAUGGAAAGAUUGGGAAAAUGAAGAAAUAGAAGACAAAGCAGAUUGUAAAAGGAAAAAUGAGGAUUGAAACAAGGGCGCACGCGUCGUCUUUUAAGUCGUCGUCAUCUUUAUCGUCAUCGUCAUCGUCAUCGUCCUUGCGGGGAUACUCGAGCCACACGUGUGCGAAAUUCAACCAGACAGAUCCCCAUCAAACGAAAAAAUUACCCUUCUGUAUAAAGAGUGUAGAUUUCGAUCGAAUGGAGACGAUGCACGGCCGGGAUAUGAGAUUUUGUUGAUACCGCUUGUGUUUCAACGACGUUUCAACAAGAGAAGAAACGUUUUGAGAGUGUUCGAGUGUUUUGUAUCGGAAGGAUGGACAAAGAGUUUUGGCGCAACGGAGAGAACGUUACUUUUCGGCGGUAUACGAUCGAUAUAAAUUUUAUAAUUCUUUCAUUAUUUUAUUUUUUAACGAAAAUGAUGUACAUAUAAAGAAAACAAAAAAAAAACAAAAAGAAAAUACCACAUAGACAGUAGAGAAGGCGAUCGUACUGUUAGAAAAUCGAAGGACCAGAAUUUUUAUUUGUACAAACGAUAUUGACGAUAUGAUCCAAAAUAGUUAAAUGAUCGAGUUAAUGUAGAAAAUCUUAAGAAAAAACUCUUCGAUUUUCUUUGACAAUCGUGUUGAAAUACAGUACGCGUGCGUGAUUUUUGCCGACGACGCACGGUGCAAAUGAUAGGGGCGACAUGUAAAGACGAUACUUAUGGGAUUACAAUCUAAUAUACGAAAAGGAAACAAAAAAAAAAGAAGAAUGACACACAUCUGUAAACAAUACCUAUCCCCUCCCUUCUUUCAUUGUAUAUUAUUAUUAUACAUUAAUUAAUUAUUAAUGAUAAAAAAUAAAUAUUGAAAUUUGGCGAGUGGCAUUGGCCACUGGUUUUGUUAGAACGGCAGAAGCUAAAUUACUACUGAAUUUUAAUUAAAUAAACAACAUUGAAAGUAAAUACAA